UCUGGGACUUUUGAAAAACUUUGACGAUCUGGUGACUUACUGACUUUGGCCCACAUAUUUGCCAAUAGUUCUUCAUCUUAAGAAAUUCGCACCACCAUGUCGCGUAAAUCUCUGGCGAUGGAAAGUAAUCCGCAGCCGCGGCGAGGCGCAGUGGCAGGCAUUUCCAAUCGGCUGCAGGGUUCGCUGCGCAAUGGUGAAAUGAGCGAUAUCAAGUUCGUAGUUGGACGAGAUCAUGGUGAAACCCGCACGUUCUCCGCGCACAAGUACAUCUUGAGCCUGAGCAGUGACGUGUUCUUCACCAUGUUCUAUGGCAGCCUGCCAGAGCGAAAAAAGACCAUUGACAUCCCCGAUGUUUUUCCCGAAGGCUUCGAGGUUAUGCUGAGUUACGUGUACUCUGACAGAGCGGAUCUCACUUUGGAGAAUGUCUGGCCCGUGUUGAACUGCGCGGAUAAAUACGAUCUUCCGCUGCUGGUGGAGUUGUGCAACCAGUUCGUGGUCACCCAAAUCCAACCGGACAACUGCCUGAUUCAUCUGGAAAAUGCUGUGAAGUGGCACGCUGACGGUAUCGAAGAAUUGUGCUUCAGUGUAUUGGGGGCCCACGCCGAAGCCGCGUUAAAAUCCCAGCACUUCACUUCAAUUAGCCGAGAGACGUUGCAGAAGCUUCUGCAGCGCGACACGUUCUAUGUGGACGAAAACACAGUCUACACAGCCGUUGAAAGCUGGUGUGUGGAAGCUUGCAAGCGGAAUAAUUUGGAUGAUUCAGCGGCCAGUCGACGUGCAGUACUGGGAGAAAUGCUGCACCUUAUCCGAUUUCCCUUGCUUACCCCGAGCCAGCUGGCUGACGGACCCGCCAUGACUGGCUUGUUAACCGAACGUGAACUGGUAGAACUCUACGGAUAUCAGCUGGCUAAGAAGAAGCCCGCAAAUUUACCAUUUCCAACCGGACGACGAGCUUUUAAAGCUGAGCCAUUCCGUCUCCGUCGUAAAGCAUUCCAGCGUCGGGAAGGGGUUUUUGUGGAGCAGGAUCCGACAGGGUCUUUCUGGGUACCGGCCAAGGUGAUCGGUGUGAGUGAUUCUCAGGUGCUUGUAUCAAUGCAUGGGCUGUCGGAUGAAGGAGGCUUUCGGUUAGUGCAACCCGGGAAGCUCGUGCGUGCUGGCGAUUUCUUGAAAAGGGAUCGAGACCUCGUGUGCCACUGUGGUACCGCCAGAUAUGUCGAUGCCGUUUACCUGAGUCUAUCUUAUUCAUUUGGAGCACGCCACUGCCUAAAAGCGCGCAACCGCAUAGAGGAGGUGCCGUUUAAGGAUAUUUUUGUUAAGCGCGAUGAUGCGCGCAAAUGGGUGGUUGAGCAGGAGAGUGGUGAUAUCAGCGACGCGGAGGAGCGCGAUGGCCCUGCCAAGAAACGCUUGCGGGAAUAGGCGGCUGUGAAAUGUGAAUGCCGCUCCGAUGCUGUCAGUGUGCAGUUUUGUGUGCUGACAGAGCGCGUGCACCAUUUCAACGGAAUAGCUCCAUUUCUUUAUGUCUGCACGAGUGCAGUUGGUUUGUCUCUAAUCAGCAAAUGUAUUUCCAUA